AUGGCAGGCAACACCGAUCUCUCACAUCCUUCAAAAGCAACAUCCCACAAUAAGCCCACUUUCUUAUGGAAAAAAUAUGCGAAAUACUUUGCCCUUACUGGGCCAAUAUCCCCUCUAUUCCCAAUAAUGCACAACCCAGAAUUCCCGGCCGGAAAAUGGGGACUCCAGUGGCCACACCCUACACUCCUACAGUACGUAUCCCUCAUGAAAGUGGUCCAGAAUGGGGAGAUAGUACCUAUGUCAACACUAUGCAGUAACGCCAACCCAACAUUCCUGGACAAGUUCCAGUACCAGUAG